AUGGCAGAAUCAACACCUUCUUCAAAUCCAUCGCCGAAAAAGGAUUCGCUAUUUUGGGGUAAAAUAGUGGCAACACAAUAUCUCAUUCGACAUCCAUUUUGGAAAAGUUUCUCCUUGCCGAUUAUCAUCGGACAAAUCUCAGCGAACACUCAAGCCGAUUAUACUACUUCCAAUUAUCUUAUAAUUGUAUAUAUUCUAAUCGCAUUCCAUUUCUUAAGUGGUGUUUUCGUUAGUGAUCGAAAAUUUCGUCACGCACUGGGAUUUCUACCACAUAUAGUCGCACUCGGUUGUACGUCUUACUUGUUUUAUUCGAAUAUUCUUCAACAACUCACUCCAUGGUUGAAAAUUCGAAUUAUUAUCCACUCACUUGGUACAAUCUCAACGUUCUGCUUUAUUGCGAGUUUACAUACAAGUAGUCUAUCAUUCCGUGCCAUCUUACGUCGUUUAUCAUCUUAUUCAAAUGUAUUCUAUUUGGUUCUGAAUUCCUACGUUCUGUGGUGGUCAACCGAUGAAACCAAUUUAUUUGACACCUCUCUUUGGACAUUCGUGAUUCGUACACACGCAAUCCUGUGUUUUCUAGCCUCGGGUGGAUUCUGCUUGGAUAUAUUCAUCAUUCAAUCAUGUCAAUUAGCGAUUUAUUUGAUUUGUUCCACUCUUGCCUUGGAUCUUUGUAUACUUUACAAAGCAUCGCAAUCAACCGCUAAUUACUGGCUACUGAUCGAUUACAUUGUCGAUGAUAUUGCAAUUAUCUGUGGAUGUUUCUAUUUUUAUCAGUUUAAUUUACAUCAGAAGAAUAAGUUGAAGAAACAAGACUCGAAAAUUUCAUUAACAUUCGAAAACAUGGGUAAAGAUGGUGGUUUUUUAACGCCAAAAGCUAUCGGCAAUCGAAUCAAAGCGAAAGGUCUGCAGAAAUUACGAUGGUAUUGUCAAUCGUGUCAAAAACAAUGUCGUGAUGAGAAUGGUUUCAAAUGUCAUAUACAAAGUGAAUCUCAUCAGCGACAAUUACUGUUGGUCGGAGAAAAUUCUGGGAAAUAUGUUGCCAAUUAUUCACACGAAUUUCACAGUGGAUUCUUCAGCACAUUACGACGUUCGUUCGGCACGAAACGUGUCCUAGCAAACACUGUCUAUUGCGAAUAUAUCAAAGAUCGUGACCAUAUUCAUAUGAAUGCCACUCGAUGGGUUGCCCUAGCCGGGUACGUUCGAUGGCUUGGUAGUCAGGGUCUUUGCGAAAUUGAACAAACGGAACGCGGUUGGUAUGUGACACUAAUUGAUAAAGAUCCUGAUUCAGUCAGACGUGAAAUGGAUUCCGAGAAGAAACAAAAGAUGGAUCUCGAUGACGAACAACGACGACAAAAGUUGAUUGCUGAACAGAUCAAAAGAGAUCAAGAAAGAGGAAUUCAGCAACCGGAGCCGGUUUAUAGUGAUCUUGUUCGAAAAGAUGAAGAUGAAAAAGUCCAAGUAACGUUCAAUCAGAUGGUCGUCGCAGAAAAGAAAAAGACUCUUCCAACAUCGAUUUUGGUUACAUCAAGUAAAAAGCGGCAGACCACGACAGAUGAAACUCCGGACGGCGUCGAAGCGAAAAAACAAAAGGCUGAGAUGCAAGAAGAACCGGCUGCAACAGAGUCAGUGUUCAAGAAGCCAUUACCAGUCGCCUCGUCAAAGCCGAAAAAAUCCGCAUUGGAAGAAUUGCGAGAGAUGGAAGAAAAAAGAAAAGAAGCAAAAAAUCGUAAAGAUUAUUGGUUGCACGAGGGCAUCGUAGUUAAAAUAAUCACUUCUAAACUUGGUGACAAAUGCUAUAAAAAGAAAGGCGUCGUUACUAAAGUAGAAGACCGUUACCAAGCCGUAGUCAAAAUAAUCGACACGAAUGACAAAGUUCGCGUUGACCAAGCACAUGUGGAAACUGUUAUUCCAGCCAUAGGUAAAAAAGUCUUGAUCGUUAAUGGAGCAUACCGUGGGGAAGAAGCAACCCUAGAAGAUAUUCAUCAAGACACAUUCUCUGUUGAUCUUACUCUAACAACGGGACCCAUGGUUGGCAUGCGUUGCAAUAAUGUUGCUUACGAGGACGUUUCCAAAUUAGCCGAUUAA